AUGUCAUCUGUAGCUAAACAAGCAGCAUCAAAAGUUGACUUCACCAAGAUUGUCAAAAGCUUGGGUUUGACCGGCUCCACUGCUGCUUCCUUGCAAGCUUUUAGAAAGAGAUACGAUGAAGCCAAGAAGAAUUACAUUGACUUGUCAGCACAAUCAACAGAGAUUGACUUUGCCCACUACAGAUCAGUGUUGAAGAACACCAAGGUUGUUGACGAAAUUGAAAAAGCUGUUUCUUCUUUCAAGCCAGUCACUCUUGAUAUUUCAAAGAACUUGAAGAACAUUGAAAUCUACGAGCAAAAAGCUAUUGAAAACGCCAAGUUGACUGAAAAAUCAGUCACUGAGGAAAUUGCUCAAUUGAAGGCCACUUUGAAGGACAUUGAGAGUGCUAGACCAUUCGAUCAAUUGACUGUCGAUGAUGUUGCACAAGCCUCAGACUUGGAUGCCAAAACCACUUAUAUGGUUAAGAACGGUAAGUGGGUUGUUCCAGGCUACAGGGAGAAGUUUGGUGACUUAGCAGCUAUGUAG